AUGGAGUUAAUGGAUAAGGUAUCCAGAUUGAAGAAUGUCAUGGAUCGUGUACCCUUCGUUGUGGCUCUUCUAGACGGCGAUGGAAUAAUCUUCCAAGAUAAUUUCCUACAACAAGGAGGCCAAGGGGGUCGGAACGCGGCGACAAAGCUUCAGACGGCCUUAAAGAACUAUGUUGCCAAUAAUUUCCCGCGGAUCGCCUCCCCCAAGAUAAUCACCAAACUAUAUGUCAAUGUGAAGGGAUUGGCAGAGCUCUGCGUUCGAGGCGGAAUCACCACUGAGCCCUCUUUGAUCGAAGAAUUCGUUCGUGGCUUCAAUGGGAGUUUUCCACUCUUUGAAAUAAUUGAUACGGGGUGCGGAAAGAAUGGCGCGCAUAAUAAGAUCGCAGAGACAUUCCAACUGAAUCUGUACAACUGUCACUGCCACCAGAUCUUCCUUGGGUGCUCGCAGGAUGCUGCCUAUGGAAGCAUUCUGGAAGAAGUGCUGCAUAAAACAGAUCUCAUUGGCAGAGUGUCUCUGAUCGAAGGCCUUCCCUUUGAGAAGAACAUGGAUUUGGUCAAGUCGACAUACAGAGUAACUAGAUUCCUAGAUCUCUUUCGAGAUACAAAAAUAGCUGUGUGGGCCCCCUGGAAAGCUGCAGUGGCUAGCAAGCCGUGCUCUGCCUUCACCCCUUCACCUAUACAGCAAGCCGCAUCUCUUUCACGAACCUCAACCAAUACCACGUCCACUAGCAUUGAUGUUCCGCUGUCAGUUGCGUCUACUCCCGCAAAUAAUUCGAACCUUGGUGAAUUCCAGAUUGUGCGCGCCAAAUCAUCGAACUCUUCGCCUCCUCCCAAAAUCGUGGAGCGAAAUAAGUACGGCCAGCGUGUGGAUCGGAUUGAUCUCAAAGCCAUCCCUCGAGAGGAACUGAACCGCAUGAAGAAGCUGAAGCUUUGCAACUUCUAUUUUCUGCUGGGAGAAUGCCCGAAUGAUAAUUGCAUUCAUGAUCAUUCGCGCAACCUAACCAAGAAUGAACUGUCCAUCCUGAAAGCGGUCGCUCGCAUGACGCCUUGCCGCUAUGGGACAGAGUGCGAUGACCUUGACUGUAUAUACGGCCAUCGCUGUCCACAUAGUGAACCUGGCAAAAUUGAGUGCUACUGGGGGUCGGCUUGUCGAUUUGAGCCUUCUGCACACGGUGUUGAUCUCACUAUCGUCAAAGUCACUAAGGUCUAG